UUCUGAGCACAUUGAAGUUUGAGAAGCACUGAUGGUGAUUCCCAAGACUGGCUGCACAUUAGAAUCUCCUGGGCAGUUUUGAAAAUCCUUGGCUGCACUCCUGGAUGAAUUGCAUCAGAAUUUCCGGGGCUGUGACCCAGGCAUCAGAAUUUUUCAAAGUUCUCCAGGUGAUGUCAGCUAAGCCCUUACAUUGUGCAUCCCUGUUCCCAGGGGGGUGGCAGGCAAACCCCUGCAGGAAGGACGAGACACAGGCUUUCAGAGUCCACCCAGCCACCAGGGGCUCUGCGCCUUUAAGAACUGGGGCUGGCUGCCUGCCCUGCGGGGUGGGGGACCACCCGCCAGCCAGCCAUGGUACAGGCCGCGUGAGCACAGGCUGCAGAGCAAGGCUGCGACAGUCAGCACUGGGGCUGGCCUGGGCUUGUAGACCCGAGCCCUGCAGAACCGCCUCAGUGGCUCAGGCGAGAUGAAGAAAAGGGACCUUUGUGCCUUUUUGGGGGAAGCGCACAUUCUGCAAGGCGGUGGAAACAAAGAGAGGAACUGUUUGUAGCCCUAGUCCAGACGUCCCAAACAAACAAUUCUCUGUGGCAUUCAAGGAUAGCAUGAGGACCUUCCGCCUGAAGUCCUGCCUGCCCUCCACUGUGAGGAGUCUGAUGCUACAAGAGAAACCACAAGCAUGUCCAGUAUGGCUGGAGGGCUCCGAGCAGCCAGCGUGGUGGUCCUGCACCAGUCCCUCCCUCCAGCCUUUGACUUCUGCCAGGCCAACAGUGGCCCGCUGCACCUGCUGGGCUGAAGUGAGCCAGGCAGAUGGACAUUGCCUUCAGGGGCCACAUUGAAUCUGGGGGCCUGUGGCUGUCCCCAGUUCCGGAAGUACGAGUUUGGUGUCUGCCCGGCCAGCCUGACCUCACUGGAGGAGUCCUCGGAGCAGCUGGAGGACAUGGUGGCCUUCCUCCUGGGCUGCAGCUUCUCCCUGGAAGGGGCCUUGGAGAAGGUGGGGGUCUGUGGAAGAGAACGAGCAGGCCACGGCCACGCAGGUGCAUCCAAGACAACAGUCGCUUGUGCUGCCAUUGCUGGCUUUUGCUGCCCUCUGGUGGUCACGAUGAGGCCCAUUCCCAAGGACAAGCUGGAAAGGCUGGUGCAGGCCAGUUGCUCCAUCGGGAGCAAGCAGGGACAACCCAUUCAUAUCGGCGACCUGGAACUGUUGGGCAUCAAAGAUCUUUUCAAACCUGACUAUGGGGAUCCUGUGGUGUGUCGGCCAAGCGAUGUCCCAGUGUUCUGGCCUUCUCAGCUGUCCAGUCUCGAAGCUGUCGGCAGCUACAACCCCCCUGCUUUCACCAGUGCACCAGGUUGCACAGUUAUGACUGACAAAGAUACGGAGACUCCAGCCAGUUGUCCUACCCCCGAGGGAAUUCCAGACGUCCAUCAUAUUUCCCAAGAUCCUCUGCACUACAGCAUUGCAUCAGCUUCAGCCGUUCAGAAGAUCAAAGAAACUAGAGAGUCCUUGGGGGAUCCUGGCAACCGGGGGAUCGGGCACCUGCUUUGCAAAGAUGAGCUGCUGAGGGCCUCUCUGUCACUGUCCCAUGCCUGCUUGGUGCUCAUCACCACUGGGUUCCCCACGCAUUUCAACCAUGAGCCUCCGGAAGAGACAGACGGCCUGCCCGGAGCCAUCGCUCUGGCCGCCUUCCUGCAAGCCUUGGAGAAGGUGGUCUCCACGAUAGCUGACCAGAGAGCCUUGAGUUUGUACGGGGAGCUUGUGGAAGAGGCUGUUGAGCAAGGUGUUCUGAAGACACAGAUCCCAAUGUUAACUUAGCAAGGUGGAUCAGCAGGAGCUGCUUAGGCGUUUCUAUGCAAAGAUGGGGACCCCAGGUCACCUAGAUUCGACCAUCUGGUGGUGAUAGAGCGCACAGGGAGGGCCGCCGACGGCAGUCACUACAAUGCGAGGAAGAUGAACUUCAAGCACUUGGUUAAUCCCAUUGACGAUCUUUUCCUGGCAGCUCGGAAGAUUCCUGGAAUCUCAUCAACUGGGGUUGGUGACGGAGGCAAUGAACUUGGGAUGGGCAAGGUCAAGGAGGCCGUGAAGAGGCACAUACAAAAUGGGGACGUCAUUGCCUGUGACGUGGAGGCUGAUUUUGCUGUCAUCACUGGUGUUUCUAAUUGGGGAGGCUGUGCCUUGGCCUGCACACUGUACAUCCUGAACUCAUGUGAAGUCCACGGAUGUUACCUGAGGAAGGCAGUUGGGCCCUCCAGAACACCUGGGGAGCAGAAUUGGACUUAGGCCCUCCCACCUGUCACUAAGGAAGAAAGAGUCUUGGGCAUCCUGGUGUGGCACAAAGUCCAGAGCGGAGUCUCGGGGAUGGUGGGCAUGGAGGUGGAUGGGCUGCCCUUCCAUGGCACCCGCGCCCAGAUGAUCCAGAAGCUGGUGGACGUCACCAUGGUCCACGUGUGACCAUGUGUGUUACAGGCGUGUGGAGUGCAUACCAGAUGGCCAUGCCUGGAUCUAGGGAGGAGUUCCCUGGGGGCCCCCAGCUUCUUUCCACAAUAGCCUUGCAAAUAAACACUGGCCCUGGGUGAGCAAGCUACUGUACCCUCGCCUGGGAUGCUGUGGGCCCACUUCCUGGGGGCGGGGAUGGGGAGUCUGCAGGCAAUGUGGACCAAGGAAAACAUUUCUCCGGGGUUCCCCGUUUUUGCUUUUAAAGAGCUAGAGGCAUGGAUUUCAACCCUCCUUCACCCUGACUUCUUCAGGCCACCCACGUGGUCUGCUCUGAGAGUCUCUGACCAGUCAUUUAGGGGGACACCAGUGAAAAAGAACUGCAGGGCAGACGCAAGAGUGGGAUUUACCAGGGCCGUGAAUAAUCCCCUAGGCUAAUUAAGAAAUAGUGAAAUGUACAAACGUAUAGUGUACAUUUACGAAGGCUGGGGCUUGACUAAAGGUUUACUCACCACCGCCACCACCAAAAUGUUUAUACCUUUGAAAUGCUCUCUUUUUCAAACAGCAUUUUGUUUACUUAGGCAGAAGAUCCCUCGAGCCUUACAUUUGUGGCCAUCACCUCCCUUCUCUCCCUCAUCUCCCUUUUCCCCUACACUUCCUGAGCCCCCAUCUCAGAGCCUGACACUUCUCCCACCUCCUCCGCAUCUGCUCCCCUGGGGCCCAGAGCCAGCCUCUUUGCUCUCCCUGCAUUGGAGGGUGGACACACUCCUGUAGCCUGGGGGUAGGUCAGGACUUUCCAGGGCUGAGAUCACUCAGAGUCCUCCUGGACAACUCUCGUCAUUUGUCCUUAUCUCCUUCGCAACCUCCCACUGCACAUUUCCCGACAAAAUCAGAAGCGGGGUCACCAGCCACAUCCCGUUACACUCCCGUGUUGAACCAGUGCAACAUCUUGUGCUAGUUCACGGCUGAGUGAGCGCUGGCUCAUCCGGGGGGGGGGGGGGGGGGGGGGGACAGUCCUGCUUCUCAGCUAGGGCCCCAAAUGUUUUAUUGGGCCUGCUUAGUUUUAUUUCCUUAAACAUGUCUAGUCUGAUUCUUUAUAGGGCAUUAGUUGUGGAGCGUAGAAAACAUACUGUAGAAAUUACCCCUAAAUCAUACGCUCACCAGUGAAGCCAAGGUAUACAGUAAAGUGACGUGGGGUUAACUUCCAAUUUUCCCUGCACAGGGGCGUGGUGAAUCCUCUGGCCAGAAGGAGCUGGGGUGGGGGCUGUCCGGACCUCCCUUUGUCAUUCUGGCUCGGAGUCCCCACCUGUAGGUCUGUGCUGCUGCUCCUGUGGCGUCAGGCCUGACGUGCCCAUUGUCAUGGGCUCACAGCUCACUGAAGUGCCUCAGUUCACAGCCUCACUGGCCCGGUCUCCUCCAAUUACAGUGUUUGCCCCGAUUGGAGACUGCAGAGCUCCAUGUAAUGGGAGCCUCUGGCGUCUUUGAAAUCUUGAUGGCUAAAAGAAAGAAAACAUCACUCCGGUAAAGCUGCCAGCACUCUUCUGACUCAUAUUUUGGGGGAAGACACUAAUGGGCCUUUGGUUUUGCAAUAGUAACAGCAGAAUUCUGUCCCGGCGUGGGGAAGUUUGAGGCAUGACCACGUAGAGGUUAUUGUCGCUGUGGGCAGAAGUUUAUGGGGAGAUGAUUAAGUUGUUGGAGAAAGAGGCUGAGACUCAGAUGGGGCCCAGAGAAGGCUGAGAGUAGGGGUCCUGCUCAGGGGUGAGACAUCCAAAGGCCCCCCUGCAGGGAGAGCAGACCCGUGGCCUUGCAGCAGAAGCCAAGGGGCAAGGCCGGGCGGGGAGAAGACCCCUUAGCAGAGUCCAGCCUGAGUUCCAGGAUCCGGUUUUAAUGCUUUUCUGUUCCACAAUAUGAGUCCUGCUGAGGCCUUUAGUAAAGUUUUGCUCAAGUUCAUCCUAGUCUUGGCUGUGCUUUGGGGAAGGGCCUGUGUCCACGUCUAGGGUGGACAUAUUGCAACCUGGAGAAGUGGGUUACAAGGGACAAGAGGUGACCUACAGGGAAUGGUGGGGUGGCCCAGGGUGGGAGAUGGGCUGGGAUGUCCACCAUGAUGGAUUCAUGGGGCAUGUGAGCAUCCCUGGGCAUUUCCAGGAAUGUUGGGUUGGCGGGGAUCCUGGUGAACAGUACCUAGGAUGCUCUGUGGGUAUUCUGGGUCAGGCUGGAGACCUUGGGCACAUGGAGGUCCAUAUGCCCCACAGACCCUGCAGGUGGGACUUGAAGGUAAGCGAGACAGCUAAGGGGGUCAGGGCUCCUUAACUCCCUGGCUGUCCUCUGGCCAAGUGCCACUCAUGGCUCAGCUGAGCAAGGCAUUCCUCUGAGAUCAUUUCCUGCCUCUCAUUGCACAGGCCCUGCUGACCACCAGCCUCACCUUCAUCCAACCCACUGCAUUCUGCCCAUUCCACGUGGGUUCCACUGGCUCCACAAUGAAGUCUAACUCUCAGGUUCAAAAGACUUCUGCUCCAGACAGGAUGGAGAAGAUGCAGCUUAAUAGCAAUUCACAUAAACUCAAUAUAUGUUUGCAAUGUGAUAUGCUUGCCAGAAAAGCUAAUGCAUCAGUAGGAGUACAGUGAAGUAAACGGUUCCUUUCUCCUUGCUGCAAGUCAGAAGACUUAGUCUCGCUUCAGAUCCAAGCAUCACAUUUGAAAAAGUGGGUUUUGUUCAUAAGAGGUACAGGAAGAUGAGUGCUUAAAACCCAAGUGGAGGUGGCUUGAAGAGCUGUCUCUCAGAGACUGGCCAGAUGUUCACCAAUUCUGCUUCCUCUUCCUGCAUACAUAGGAAAACUACAUUCCCCAGCCUUCUUUGCAGUUAGGUUGGGGCCGUGUGACCAGAACCUAGCCAAUGGAGUGUGAGUAGCAGGGAUAUCAACCACUUCCAGACUUGGCCAUAAACCUCCCGUGAGAUUCUCUUUGUGCUGCUUCCCCUACCUGUGUGAAUGGAAGGGGAAGACUCCAAGAUAUGGAACCUCUUGAUGGGAGGAUCCUGAAUCACUGCUAUCACCUGGGAAAAGACUUGCCAGAAAGCAGCCACUCAUUGGAUGUUGCAUGAACAGGAGAUAAACUUUUACUGUUUUAAGGCACUGUGAUUUGGGGGUAUAUUUGUUCCUGCAGAAUAAUCCAGCCUUGUCUAGUACAAGCUUGGGAGGUUUAACACUGAGAAGUAGGAUAUGAGAGUUGUCUUCAAAUAUCAGUACCUGAAGAGCCAUGUGGCUCCAGAGGCCAGAAGUAAGGCCAGUGGGAAAAGUGGUUCCACUUUGGCUCAUUAAGAGUGAAGAUUUUUCUGCCCGACCUUGGAAUGACUUGUCUUGGGUAGUAGAAAAUUUGUGUUAUUAGUGGUAUUUGUAGAGAAACUGGACCAUCAUUUUGAAGGGACAUACACGGGAUCAGUCAUGGAGAGGGAAUUGGAUAUCAUGACCUCGACCGUACAUUCCAGCACUGAUAGCAAAUGUCUAAUCCAGCAGUGUCCUUUUGAGAGUUGAAUUAAAGCAAAUGGAAUUGAAAUCCCACCAUUUCCUCAGAGCACUGGGCACCACUGUGACCCCAGGGUGAUUGCCGUCAAAGACCAUCAUCUUGCCAGAUGAAUUCCUGGAGGCUGCAGGAUCACCAGUUGUGAGGAGCAAGUUUUUCAGAAAAGCAUUGAACCAAGAGCGCCAGAUUCUGGCUCUCUCUUGGUUGUACCAGCCAGAGGAAAGCAGCAGAUGGGGAAGUAUUCUGUGCUGAAAAUUUCUCCCACUCUUGUCUAGCUAACCCACAGACCAGUGUGUGUAAACAGGAAGAUGAGCCGUCAUCUUGCUAAGCAACAGUGGUGAAUAAGAAAGGAAUCUAAUGGCUUCUGCCACCUUUAGUCCAAACCAGAUGGACCUUUCUCAGGAGAGAAAGGAGUCUUAAGUCUCAAUAAUAUCCUCACUUAGUCUGUUUAGAAGAAGGAUUGACUCUUCCGGAACACUCCAGAACUCCAGGAAUCUGACCCAGAAAGGGAUUAAGUGACCAAAGCCAAAUUUACAUUUUAAUAUGACGCAGUUAAUCCUUGGUGAUAAACAGGGACUCUACCACUAUUGAGAAGAUGCUGCAGCCUAAAAAGUCUGGUCAACAAAUGUGGGCCUCCCCAAACAAAACCCAAGCAAUGCGGACAGCCCCGGAGAGAUGAGUGCAACGGGCCUUUCUGCUUUGGCAAUCUCUAGUGAGAAGGGGAUGGUAUGGUCUGAUCAAGCCCUCCCUUGCUGUGGGAAGCAGCUACUCGGCAGGUAGAAGGGGUCAUGUGUCCAAGGACAGAGGGAGUGAUAUUCUCCAAACCACAGGCCUGGGCUCUGUCCUCAAAAGGGAGGUGGGCAAGUUAAGUCCCAGAGUAGAUUUGCAACAACAUGCUGAAGAGCUGAAGACACUGUAUGAAUCUCAAGAGGAGGGAGAGAAGACCCCCGCUUCACUUGAGGGAGUCGGGGAGCAGAAUUCACCACCUCAAGAUGUCUCUUUGGCAUGAGGAUUAUUUUGGGCUGGUUAUUUUUUUAAAAGCUACAGACAUGGGAGAAACUCUGAAUACCAAGUAGAAGUUACCCUUUGUAAGAGACAU